AAAGAAAAGAAAACAGAGAAACGAUCGCACAGUAGGAAACGCAUUACCAAUUCUCUGUCGUAUCUUUGUUUCAGCACUAAACAGAAACAGGACAUUACUCACUCCUUAGAUCUUCCCUUUAAUACAAAAAGAUUUUGCAAACGCCAUUCGUGAAACCUCUUGCGUCUGUUGAUAGAUAUAUUCGAAGCUUUUAUAGAGAGAUUUUAAUUGGAAAGAGCGAGAUAGAGAAUAGGCUGAUGGGUUAUAAAAACAGAGCAGAAACAGAAACAGAGAAUUGUUUAAGCGACGCUUUGUUGUUUGCUACCAUGUGCAUAAUUGGACUCCCCGUUGAUGUCCAUGUUAGGGAUGGCUCUGUUUAUUCUGGAAUCUUCCAUACUGCCUCUGUUGACAAAGACUACGGUAUUGUGUUGAAGGAAGCUAAACUGACUAAGAAGGGGAAAUAUGAUGCAAAUGUGGCUAAUGGGAGUGUGAUAGAAACGCUUGUAAUUCUUUCAGGUGAUCUUGUUCAAGUUGUUGCCAAGGAAAUUCUAUUCGCAGCUGACGGUAUCACGGGAAAUGGAGCUAGCGAUGAUGUAGAAGCUUCUGUGGCCAAUGUUUCCUCUUGUGAGGUUGUAAUGUGUGAGGCAAAGGAAUCUAAUAGGUCUGAUGUGGACAAAAAGAAAAUUCACCUGAACAGUAGGAUUUCAACCAAAAACAAGAAUAAUUCUGAUAACGGUCUCAUGCCAACAAAAGCUGGGAAGGAGGAAGGGAGAAAAAUUUCAACAAAUCAUACAGAAACUGCCACAGAAGUUGAACAUGGGAAGAUAAAUGGGGUAAAUAUCUUAAAGAGUGAAGAAGCAUCAGAUGCCUUAGUUAUUGGAAGACAGAUUGGAGAUGAUGAGUCUCAGAGGGAGCAGGAUCAUCAGAAAAAGAAGUUUGGGCUUCAAAGGAAAACGAGUGAUGAUGAAGAUCAAAGCUCAAGUUCAAUCUCUGGCUCAUGCCUGUCAGAAGCAAAGGCUGCUGAGGAAGGGCAAAUGAUGGUGAAGCUGUUACCUAAUGGCGUAUCUUGUGAUCCAACUCCUACAUUUGUUAAACUAGACAAUCAGUGCUGUGUAAGGUCUGCUUCUGCAGGCACCUCCUCUCCAACUGCUGUGUGUUCAAGUAUCUCCACUGCUUCCAGUCCACUGAUCGAAUUUGCCUCAGAUUCGCAUUCUGUUUCAUUAGCUUCUUCAGCUGACAUGGUCUCUAUGCAAAGUUCAGAAUCCACUAAGAGCUCUAAGGAGUUCAAGCUCAAUCCCGGAGCAAAAAUUUUCUGUCCAUCUUUUGCCAGUCCAGCAUCAGCCAGUGCAGCAGUGCCAACAGUCACAAGCAUGGCUUAUGUGCCAAGUCACUCUCCCAUGGUACCUGUUGCUACUGUCACUCAGCCAGAAGUUGGAAUGAGCCCUUUUGUGCCUCGACCAUCUGUCCCUGCUAAAUUUUCUCCAUACACUAACUUGGCAACCGUAAAUGGUGGCAGUGGUCCUCAAUUUUCGCAACCUAUUGUUGGACACAUGGGAAAUAGGACACAACCACUUAGGUAUGCUGGUCAAUAUCAUGCUGUUCAGACUGCACCAGCAUAUGUGCCUCCAAAUUCUCAAGCUGUUAUGGUUGGACGACUUGGGCAGCUUGUUUAUGUUCAGCCUGUUUCUCAUGAUUUGGUUCAGAACACAGCAACUAUCUCGCCUCUAUCUGCUCGUUCUCUAUUGACUUCGCAUCAGGUCCAAUAUCCCAAGCACCAAGGAAGUGCAGCAGGCCAGGCCUUGCAACUUUGUGCACCCCCACCUUUUGUAGCGGGAGGCCAACAAUCAUUUGCAAUGCCAAGCCACAUUCCUCUUCUGCAACCUCCAAUCCCUGCUAAUCGACCCAUUCCAGUUCCAGGGUCUAAUGCUCUAUUUGGUGCCAAGUUUCCAUGAAUAUAUUCCUUUGCUAUUAUUAUUUCAUGAUUUUUUUUCAUGAAUGAUAAAAAUUUUGGGCCAUAGUCUUUUUUUUCUUUGAAAAUCAUAUAGUAUAGAGGUACUUAAUUUUUGUCCCUCGUAUUCAGGGUGAAGCUCUUUCUUGCUGAUGUAAGACAUGAUUUAGGGUGGUAUAUCUAUUACUUAGGAAAAUGAGUUAAGUUUCUCCUCCCAUGUUAAAAACAGAGUGAGGAGGGAUGAAGUUGUGCAAUAUAUUUGACAGACAACAGUCAUAAUUUUUUUGGUAAAGGUGGUCAUUUGGGAAACUCAUUUCA